AUGCAACUCACUCUUUUGGCAUCCCUCGCUGUUCUCUGCAGCACUGCUUUCGCUGCCCCUCUUGCGGCCCGCACCAAACCGGCUGAAGUCCUUGCCUAUGUGGAGAACGACUUGAGCAACCCAACUGUCAACGUCCUCAACCGGGAUAAUGCUAAGGUUAAAGUCGUCGCUGGUAUGGCACUUCCUUCAGCUUACAACGUCCAGAACGAUUUGAAUAACCUUAAGGUUAAUGUUCUGACCAAGCGAGGCAGCUUGGUCGACGUUGAUGCCUAUGUUGAGGAUGUUCUCAACAAUCUUGAUGUCAAUGUUCUUACUAGACGGGGCGGUUUGGUCGACGUCGAUGCCUAUGUUGAGGAUGUUCUCAACAAUCUUGAUGUCAAUGUUCUUACCAAGCGGGGCGGUUUGGUCGACGUCGAUGCCUAUGUUGAGGAUGAUCUCAACGAUCUUGAUAUCAAUGUUCUCACCAAACGGGGCAGUUUGGUCGACGUCGAUGCCUGCGAGUACUAUUCACGUGGUUUUUUGCUGUCUUUAACUCAAACCCAAACAGAUGUCGAGAAUGUGCUUAACGAUGCUGAUAUCAAUGUUCUCACCAAGCGGGGCAGUUUGGUCGACGUUGACGCCUGCAAGUACCAUUAACAUGAUCUUUGACUGUCUUUAACUCAAGUCCACACAGAUGUCGAGAAUGUGCUUAACGAUGCCGAUAUCAAUGUUCUCACCAAGCGCGACACUCUGGUUGACGUUGAUGCCUGCAAGUACUAUUCACAUGAUUUUUUUUGGCUAUCUUUAACUCGAGCCCACAGAUGUUGAGAAUGUGCUUAACGAUGCUGAUAUCAAUGUUCUUACCAAGUAAAUCUCUGCACAUUAUUUCGUCCUCUGGUCCCAGACAUUUGCAUCUGCUUCGUAGUAUACCUAUCAAAAGUAAACGUCUUUCGGUGUCUUCCAGCAUCUGUUACUAGUUAGCCAGUAAUCACUCUUGCAAUGGUCAUGCAUUAUGCAUUCGUAUCAUUAGUUGUCGUCACGAGCGGUACGUUCCGCCCUACGACCAACUUAUGUAUGUAGUGCGCGAGUGAAAAAUUUCCUCC